AGUCCAAAUAACACAGCCAACCAAAGAAAGCAAAGAUUCCCCCACUCCCUCAUUUUUUUCAGAAUCACAAAACCAAGAAAGAAAGAAAGACGCAACCUUUUUCUGUGAGAAACACAAACACCUGUUUGGAAAGCUUUGGAUUGUCCGCAGCAAACAUGAACCAAAAGGCUAACGUUUCUAAAGAGCUUAAUGCGAAGCACAGAAAGAUACUGGAAGGUCUUCUUAAACUACCAGAGAACAAAGAAUGUGCAGACUGCAAAGCCAUAGCUCCACGAUGGGCUAGCAUCAAUCUCGGAAUUUUUAUAUGCAUGCAGUGUUCCGGGGCCCAUAGAAGUCUUGGGGUACACAUAUCAAAGGUGAGAUCUGCCACUUUGGACACAUGGCUCCCCGAGCAGAUUGCAUUUAUCCAAUCCAUGGGAAAUGAGAAAUCAAACAGUUACUGGGAAGCAGAGUUGCCUCCUAAUUAUGACAGAGUUGGAAUCGAGAAUUUCAUCCGUGCAAAGUAUGAAUUGAAAAAGUGGGUUCCCAGGGAUGGCAAACUAAAAUCAGCUCCCAAGGUGACUGAGCUGAAUACUUCUUUUGAUGGAGCGAGGCCUGAAAUUAGAAGUGAGUAUGGUGAUGUUAAAGAUAUUGAACGUUCUUAUGAGCAGAAAGGUGCUCAUCCACCUGGUAGAAUAAACAGCACACCUCAGCAGGUUAAUGAUGAUUUGAAACAGAAAAAUAUUGAGAAGAAAUCCCAAGAAGCAAGUCAAGAACCACAAGAACUACUCAAGAAAUCAGAACCAGUAGCUCCAAAAGCUGAACCAGCAAGUCAGGGAGCCGUUGCUGCUCCAAUUUCCACACCAGUUAAAGUGGAUUAUGCUACUGAUUUGUUCAAUAUGCUCUCCAUGGAGGACUCAAGAGGAAGCGAUUCCAUGGCAUCCGCCAAUAACAUUACAUUGGCUAGUAUCCAUCCUACUGAAUCUAAAUUGGCAGAAGAGAAAAACAAUGCACCAGAACCAUCUGAAAGCAAGGUGCAAUAUAAAUAUGGUAUUGAGGAUUUGUUUAUAGAUUCACCAUCAGUCACUCAAACCGUUUCAGUGAAACCUGAGACUGAUGUCAAGACUGACAUCAUAAACUUAUUUGAGAAGUCAAGCAUGGUUUCUCCGUUCUCAAUGCAUCAACAACAACAACAACAACAACAAGCAAUGCUCUCCCAACAACGGUCAUUAGUAAUGGCUACUGCAGCAAAUUCUAGCGGAUCCCAGGCCUUUCCAAGUUUACAACCUGCCUCCCAAGCUAUUCACUUGCCCACACAAAAUGGGCAAAGCAUUGGCCAACAAGUUCCUGGCAAGAUGACGCCUCCUAAUAUACAAUAUCAUAGUCAGAUUGGGAAUGGCUAUCAUGCACGUCCAAUAGGCAAUGCAGUUUCUUACUCGCCGUCAAGCAUGUAUACGAUGAGGCCAGUAGCUCCAAUCAAUGGUGUCAGAAGCAUUGGCGCAAGCGGAGUUUCGACAGCACCACGGAAACCUUCUGUCACUCCAACUCCUUCAGGAAGGGACUUUGAUUUUUCAUCCUUAACUCAAGGAUUGUUUACUAAACGAUGACAAGUUAAUCGAUUGCCGGUGAAAUGAACCAAACCUGGGAGCAUAUUAUAGUUGAUUCCUUAUUCAUAGUUUCAUUUCUUAAUCUUUAUUCAUUAAGAUUGUGACUUCAAUCGUAUCAGCAGGCCUAUCUCAAUAAAAGUAAUGGUGUGUGGUUAUGGUAUAGGGAAAUGUUUAGAAAUACGGGCUUUGACAUGGUUGCAAUGACACGGAACAUCCAUAUAUACAUGAAACUAUUUGUUAUUG